CAACGGGCGAUCCAUUGCCAACAUCUUCCGCACCUCCAUCUACGGCCCGGCGACCAGGCGGUGAUGCGAAGGGAGGAGAGGAAGAUGGGCAAUGGCAGCAGACCGCUUCUCGCCCCUCGCGCCAGCUCACAUUCGCGUGCUAGUCCUACCCAUCGGACAGCUGCCACGCUCGAGAUUCCUCGCCUUUGUACACCGGCUUCAGCACGAAGCAGCCGUUGUACCGUUGUCUGCUCUGCAGGACUAUGUCAAGGACAAUGAGCUGUUGCUCUCUCCGAACGCUUUCCCCCGCGGCUCCUUACUGUUCAACUACACGACAUCCCUCCCCGGUCAGCAGCAGUUACAACUGUCUCCCUUCGAGCUCUACCGUGAGCCCUUGCUGGUGCUCGGCGUAAAAGAUGGGCUGUUUGCUGGGCAAGAUGGUGCUGAGGAAGAGCUGCGAGCGGUCACAGGGCAAUUGCGAGAGCGACACCCGCGUGUCGUCCACAGGCAGAUACUUGUCUGCCACGAUGGCGACAAUCUUCCUUCCACACCGCACCCUGAUGUGAUCUAUAUUCGCAAUGAAGACGAGCAGCUGGGCACAUCGCUGCAAAUUGCAGCACGCGAUUUCUCUGCGCGCUUCUUGGUCGAACUGAGCACGUAUGCUCGUGCCUUGUCCGCUUCGCCAGGAGUGCAGACCCCCGGCCAGACCGCUCGCAGCCUUCAACGAUCUUCUCUACAGAGGGAGCAUGAGACGCCAACGCCCCCCAUAAAUGGUGCCAGUCCACCCCAAAUCAUUGAGCCCUCGAGCCCGGUCAAGUCUGUGGAAGACCUGCGUCCAAAGUCACCACCUCUCAACAGUGACAUCCGAGCAACGACAUCAUUUGAGAUUCUUGGGAACGGAGCUACAGCAACUCGACCCUCAUUGCCAGAGAGCCGGCCGAGCUACAACAAGUCAUCACACUCACGCCAAUCCAGCCAAGACCGAGCUUCUAUGCAGGGGUUUGGCUCGGUAGCAUCCCAGGAAAAGCUCAAGAGUCGAGGCAAAGCUCGGGUGGGUCUCGUUAUGGCCUCCAUCCAGUUGCUGGCCGGUCAGUGGAAUGAGGCUUUGCACAUGUUCGUCGAACACACCACCAGAGCGCGCGCGCUAUCCGAUUCGCUAUGGCAUGCCAAAGGUCUGGAAGGAAUCGUGGUUUGCUUGCUGCUUCAUGUUUGGACUGGGCUGGAUUUUACUAUUCCUUCCAUCUGCUAUGCCCCCGAAAAGUCCACCUCUGGUCAUGCUCAGCGUCCUUCGGUAAACUUGGCGGCAGAUUUUCGAGUCUCUUCAGACGGACAGCCAUCUUCAUCGGCUCGGCUCGCUGCAACCCUGCCAGAUCUACUCCGUUUGAUUCUGGGCAUGUACAGCUCUGGCGAAGGAUCGCUCGAACUGCCCUAUGUGUCGGUUGCUGAAGCCACCAUUCGCUUCUCGAAGCUGCUCGCCAUUCUGCACAAUACCGGAGGUGUCUUCGCGCAAGAGACCUUUAGCAACAGUCUCCUUCCGUCAGAUUCCGCACCUCACUCACCCCGGCAACCUCGUACUGCCAAGCUAGCCGGAGAUGUUUUCAAAAGCACAUUGUCCGACCUACUUUCCAACCUUCACCCUCAGAACGAGGAGAAUCUCUCCGUGGCGGAGCAAGCGGGACUACUCUCGGGAAUUUCCUCGGUGUAUGCCAUGGUCCACAUGAAUCGCAGAGAAGCAGUCGCAAUCAAAGACAUGUUGGCCAAGCUGACCGGGGCUCUAACGUCGGCGCGGAAACGAGGCGCUGCAGAGAUGGGUAUCCACCCUGCCGCCAGUCUAUCAGUCGAUGCUGGCGCCCACAGUCUAUUUUCAGGCUCAGAAGGAAGCGACGGGCUUGAGCAGAUGAUGUCCGAUUUUGCCGCGAUAUACGGAGUGUCGAUGGACUCUACGCGUGUGUCUGAGCCAACAGUGUACGAUGCGUUAUAUUUCGGCAACGAAGCGCUCAAAUUGGACAUCAUGCGAGCGCUGGCGGCCUUUUGCGAAGCAGCCCCUUACCCACAUGCUGUGCUACGAGUGAAUGCAUCGAUGCUGAGAGUGUUUGGGCCCAAUGGCGCCGUCGAUGCUGAUCCAGCCGGAAAACCCACCAUUCUGAGCAAGGACGAACAAGCCAGAUGCAUCACUGCCAUCACCCGGACGGUCGGCAUGUCGAGAAGUCUGGGCAUCAAGGAUCUCGAAGCGGAUUAUUGGGAUGAUUUUCUCAUUCGCGAUGUCGAAUUCCUGCCAGCAGCGCCCGAUCAGGGGGUCGUCGAUCUAACUAAGGUAAAGAUUGGCGGAGCUAUCGCAGGCUCUGCCACCAACCCUCUUCUGUACGACCCAAAUGCGAGCCGUCCCACCACCGCGGACAAGGCGCGCACAACGCAGAUCCUUGUUCGGGAGGAGAUGUCGGUCUGUCGUAUCACCCUUCAGAAUCCCUACGAUGUGUCCGUGGAUGUGGAAUCGAUCGAGCUCAUCACCGACGGCGUGGAGCUGCAGACAACUCAUGCGCGCUUCACGUUGAGCCCCAUGGGCAUCCAGCGCAUCAAUCUGUCUGUCUCGCCAGCCCAUACUGGGCUAUGCAAGAUUACCGGCUGUCAAGUCAAAAUACAAGCGUGCCGCAAGCGGGCCUUUUCGAUCAUCAGUAAGCCCUGGAAAGCGUCGGCUCCGGCACUGAACAAAGAGUUUGGCGCGCUCAGCGUUUCGAAGGACAGACAGAAGACCAGUGCAGCCGAGCCUGUCGAGGUUCUGCUUCAUGUGAUUGAACCGCAGCCAACGAUAAUUCUCGACACGUCUUCCAUUCACGACUCCCGCCUCAUGCUCCUCAAUGGCGAGGUUUGCGAAGUGCACCUUACCCUGCGCAACACUUCGGACGUCCCCGCGAACAUCUUCAAGAUAGUAAGCAGCCACGAUGCCGUCCAACUGCAAGAGAUAGCCAUCGAAGAGGACUCCAGCCAGACUUCGGAAUCAACAGAGACCACCCUCAUCCCGCCCGGGGAAACGGUCACCUUCACCUUCGACGCCACAGGCGUAGACAACGUGUCCCAAGUCCAACUCCUCUUCUCCUACACCAGCACUACGAGCACCGCCACCACCGACCCCGAACCACCCACCCAAUACGCCCGCCUCCUCACAAUCCCCAUCCACCUAACCGUCAACUCCGCCCUGCAGGUCCAACGCCUCGACGCCCUGCCCCUCGACAUCGCCGAAAACGGCGAGUACUCCUUCGUCCUCGCCUUCGACGUCACCAACAUCUGGGCCAAAGCCCUCUUCUACAGCUGCUUCGUCGCCGACCUCAAGCUCAAAUCCGCCGAGCCCCGCCGCUGCCACAACCACGAAGGCGUGCUGGCGCCGGGCCAGAUUCAGCGGGUUUUCAUGCCUGUUGCGCGCUCCAUGUUCCUUACGCAGGAGGAUUUGGAGCCUGUCAGUGUGCGUGCUGCGUUGCUUAAACGGCUGCAGGUGUAUUGGGAGGUGGAAGGGGAGGAGCGCACGGGGUGGGUGAACCUGUCGAAUCUAACCAUGGGCGACGAAGUCCGCGACGUCGUAAUCGGAGCAGCAAUAAGUCUCAGCCUCGAACUCCUCCCCUCUACCAACGAGCCCGCCGACAACAACGACGACGAUGCCAAAAGCGAAGCAACAGACGCCACAACAUCAACCAUCACCCCCACGACGUCCAAAGCCCGCGCAAAAACAGGCACCUUCAUCACCCUGCGCGCCCACCUGUACAACCGCGCCCCGCGCAGCACAGCCCUCAUCGUCCACCUUAUCCCGCACUCCCUUCUCUCCUCCGACGCGCAGCACAUGCAGCGCCGCAUUGCCGUCGCCGGCGCGCAACAUCGUCUCGUCCCGCCUGUGGCCGAGGGCACAGAGCACCAUGUGGAUUUCGAUUUUUGCCCGCUGCUGAGUGGGGUUGUGGAGUUGGAGGUUGUGGUUAAGGGGGCGGUGGGGAGGGGGAAGGAGGCGGAGUUGGGGCAGUUGUGGACUGCGCAUAAGAAGUUGAGGUUGAGGGUUGUUUAGACGAGCGUAUGUGCUGCUGGUUCAUGAUGAGUGAUCUUGGAGAUGGCGCGAUGAGAUGAGUAUGAUACGACGGACAUGAAUUGGGCACCUUGCAUCCUUCCAUGCGUGCGUGCGUGCCGACAAAAGGGGGUAUA